GGUCGACCAAUCCGACUGAUACCAAGCCUAACUGGAGAUUGUUGGGAUUGGUACCAAGCCUAACUGGUACCAAUCCUCCAAGCCUAAGAUUGGAACUGGUGCAUGCCUACCUUUGACAAUGUUGUGCAAAUCUGUAUCAGUAUUAUUGAUCGCGUUCAUUCGAAUUAAUUUUUCCAAUUUCAUUUAGAUAUAACAUGCAAAGAGAUGUCUCCAAUCAUUCACAUUCGGUUUUUUAAUAUCUGGUGGUAUGUAUUAGCGAAAGAUAGAAUAUGAGCAUGAUAUCCUAGUUCCAGCUCGGAAUUGUUCGUGUGUAACAUUUAAAUUAUGAAGUCGAUAACGAAUCGGAACACCUUUAUGCAUCGUCUUUACAUCUGAACAAACUUUGAUCACAUUAUCACAAUUCAUAAAUUCAACAACAUUUUGUUUCCAUUCGGAUCAAUAUCUUAAUUUGAUGGUUUGAUAUUUUUAGAAAUAUUAACCCCAAAUUCUCGACGUGAGCUUCGAUUAACACCACGUGGUAUGUUGUUCAAAUUAUAG